AUGGCCACGGCUAUGAUGGCUGCAGCCACCACCUCCUGCUCCCCGCGCCGCGCCGCGCCGCUCCUGAAGCCGGUGGCGUCCUCCUCCUCUUCCAGCAGCAGCUCGGCGCGGCCGCGGCGGCCCUUGGCGCAGCAGCUCCCGCGGCUGCUGGCGACGGCGGCGGCGGCAGUGGCAGUGGCGGCCGCGCCGCUCCCGGCGCUGGCGGAGCAGAUGGAGAAAGCCCAGCUGUUCGACUUCAACCUGACGCUCCCGGCGAUCGCGACCGAGUUCCUGCUGCUCAUGGUGGCGCUGGAUAAGCUCUACUUCACGCCGCUGGGCAUGUUCAUGGACGAGCGGGACGCCAAGAUCCGCGGCGAGCUCGGCGACGUCAAGGACGCCUCCGAGGAGGUGAAGCAGCUGGAGGAGCAGGCGGCCGCCAUCAUGAAGGCGGCGCGCGCCGAGAUCGCGGCGGCGCUCAACAAGAUGAAGAAGGAGACCACCGCGGAGCUGGAGGCCAAGCUGGAGGAGGGCCGCAGCCGCGUGGAGGCCGAGCUCGUCGAGGCGCUCGCCAACCUCGAGGCGCAGAAGGAGGAGGCCGUCAAGGCGCUCGACGCGCAGAUCGCCUCGCUCAGCGAUGAGAUCGUCAAGAAGGUGCUCCCAUCCGCGUGA